GCUACAGCACGGCCGGUUGUGCUGUCAACAUGGAAAGAGCGUCAAAGUAGGGAGAGCAGGAAGUUAGCUAAGAGGUGGUCAUCGGUCGAACAGGGGGAAGCCUCAAGCCUUAUCUCCGUUUUCUUCCAUGGCAGCUCCCUGGUCAGGCUCAGACGGCUACCAUGUGCAGCUGCAGAGGGACUCCCAGUUCCUGUGUUCAGACCAGAGGAUGCACACUGAGCUGGUGGACAGGCUGGUGCUGCAGCUCAACAGGACCUACCCUCAGAUACUGACUGACAAGGAGGCCCAGAGGUUCAGGAACCUGAGUGUGCCCACUGCGGUACGAUUGGCUGAGCUGCUGGUGCACCUGCAGGGGAAGGGAGAGGAGGCGUGUCAUGAGUUGUACAGGGGGCUUCAGAUCCACGCCUACGAGGUCUAUUUCAACCUGCCUACCAGAGUCAGCCGCAGAAGAGAGCCUGCAGACCCAAUGGGGACUAACACUGUGGCCCGCCGCAUGGAGAGAUAUGUACUUAAUGACAGGGGACCUCUGUUCUUCCUGAGUUGUUUCAGCCUUGCAGUGGGCUUAGCUCUGCUCUGUUAUUAUGGAGAGGGUAAUUUGAGUGGUACUGGUCCAUUUCUGAGCUUCUCAGUGCUGGGACUGGGCAGAGAGACCAGUGAGGUUCUCCUAGCCUACGCCAAGGAUGGAUCCAGAAUUCAAUAAGGCCAUAUUCAGUGAGAAAUGCUAAAGAAUGACAUUUUGAGAAAAUGCUAAAACAAUUAUCUUUGCAAUGCCAAACAUUUACCAGCAGGGGGAACUAAAAGGUGCUAUUCUUUUUUUAAAUGAUUUGUACAUACUUAUAAGUAGUAUUGUAUUUUAACAGUACCCCUGCAUUUUUAAGUGAACAUUUUACUUAUUCAUUGAAUAUGUCUUUAUAUAAUCAGACAUAGUGCCUCAAUGCUCUUUGUAAAAAUGUCAUAUAUGCUUUCUUAAACAUCACAGGAAACCAAAAUGCCCUGGUUAACUUAAUCUGAACCUUUGAUUGUGGGCUAACUUGAAAGCCCUAAACAUUUAAUUUUUACUGAGGGAAUGAAUGAUUUCUUCACAUAUCAGGAGUGGAAGGAGACUGUAAGUCUGCAGUGUACCUCAGUUUGAACUGAAAGACUGAAAGCCUAACCAGUCUGUUGUUUGAAUGUUGUCACUGUGUUUUACACACCACAGUUUCUGAGUGUCCUUAGCAACACAUCCAUUGUCACCGCUCAGUGCCUCCUAACACUGUGAUCAACAAUCAACAGCUUAUUCGCAGUCUCCAAGUCACCCUUACACUACCCCUUGCAUGUCUUCACAUGUAGUUGCACUGAGAGACUGUUUCACAAUUACAGCUUGUUUCUAACCCAUUGUUAACAGAGAACUGAGGAAUAUCACCAUAAUAAAUAACAUAAUUCUUA